AUGGCAGCCUACCCUGCACAAAACUAUGGCGAUGCAUACCGCGACGCUCAUUCAGCGUAUCAACUCUCGCUUCGUUGGCUCAUAGGAGGUAAUACUUCUUAUGCCGACCACGCUGUUGAGAUUCUGAAUGGCUGGGGCUCGACACUACGUGAUAUCAACGGCACCGAAGACAAAUUUCUCGCAGCAGGCCUAUACGGAUAUCAAUUUGCCAAUGCAGCUGAGCUCCUCCGUGUCUAUCCUGGAUGGACAAAGGCCAAUCAAACCAUAUUUGCCGGUAUGCUGAACGAUGUAUUCGCGAAAUACAACUUUGAUUUUCUCGAGAAUCACAACUACAAACCCAGUUUUUACUAUGCCAAUUGGGAUUUGUGCAAUAUCGCCUCUCUAAUGGCAAUUGGAAUUUUCAGUGAUAACCGAACAAUGUACGACUACGCUGCUCACUACUGGCAGUAUGGCCUGCCCGAUAGUAGUGUUGUCGUGAACGGGGCGCUACCGUACUUUUCCAUUGCCAACUUCACGGAGGAGGAUUCCGGCAAGCAGCUUAUGGAAAUUCAAGAAUCUGGCCGUGAUCAAGGCCAUGCAACCCUGUGCAUUGCCUUACUGGGAGUCAUUGGACAGCAGGGGUGGAACCAAGGCCUUGACCUCUUCUCGACAUACCAACACGAGAUUCUCAAUGCCGCCGAAUAUGUUGCUAAAUACAACACCAACCACACUGUUCCCUAUGUCCCUUACACUAGCUGGGAGGGACUGCUGAGUGCUGUGGCUAAUAAGAGCCGCUCUAGUGUCCGGCCAGGAUACGAGGCGGUUGCAUCACACUAUGCUCGUGUCAAGCAUAUGAAUGCGUCAUGGUCAAUGAAAUACCGGGAUUAUGUUAACCAGAAUAUCAGUGCGGGUGUUGAAGGUGGCGGUGGUGAUUAUGGCCCUAAUUCUGGCGGUUACGACGCGUUCGGGCACGCCCUUGCGUUCAACGUGACGAAAACUCUGAGAGCCCAAGCAGGCUACUAUGAAGGCAAAAAGUGCGCCGUUCUGGAGAGUCCGGCGCCUACUGCUGCUCCUUGUAAGGUUAGUAUCGCGCCUGCGGCCGCCUCAAGCAUCUCGUCUACCCUCACCGCAGGACAGUGCAUUGCUCCUACCCCUGCCAUAAGCUGCCCAGCCAAGAAGGGCGGGGCUGCUAUCAAUGAGGUGACUUCUCAGUUGAAAUGGUGGGCUGCUGGUGUAUUGCCUGUUGGGACGUUCUUCAUUUAG